GGCCGUGGGUGGGGCGCGGCCGCCUCCGCCGCGGGGCCUGCGGGCGGUCGGUCCCGCCAUGGGGCAGUGCCUGCCCUGCCUGGGGGGCGCCGCCAAGGACGCGGUGGAGACGCCCGACCCGGAAAUAAAAAGAAGACAGCUAGCAGAAGCUGCUGAAAAGAGGCAGAUGGAGGCUUCCUCUCGAGGUAUUAAGAAUGCUUACUCUGUGGAGCAGAAGAAAAAGAAACAGGAAGAAAUAGAAAAAAGAAUGGCAGCUUCACGUCCUGGAGGAGAAGGAGGGCUGAGAUGGCAGGUGGGAUAACGCGUGGCUACCGAAGAGAAGAGGACUUUUAUUGCCCAUAACUUGCCAGUUUCUGCAGCCAAGUGGCACCUGCUCAUAAUGUGGCUUUUGCUGUUUACAUAUGAAGACUCAGCAGUACUUUGCCAUUGUGGGACAAGGUGUGGAAACAUUCACUAAAAAUCUUAAGAACUAACUCUGAACACUAAGGUUUUGCCAAUUUUGUUUGUUUGUUUGUUUGUGCAUGUUUUAUUGCUUCCCUGUCAAAGGAGUGAGAUGGGUUUUCUCACCUGGAAGUGGCCUCCUUACCUGUAGUGGGUCAGUAUGUGUGUGCUGUCUGGUCAGUUGAUGUCUGUCUGUCUGUCUGUCUGCAUAUGACUGGCCUAGGCACAGCUCAGGUUCCCACGUGUUGGUUUUGAUGCUUCUUUCAAGCUCUUCAAUAAGCUUUAAGUCCUCAUGUAGAAAGUUGUUCAUAAAUAUAUAUAUAUAUUUGAAUAUGCAGGUGACAACAUUUCUCUUUCGUUUCCUAAUGACUUUUGAAAUGCUUAGGAAUUUAGUGCCUUUUUCAAAACAAAGAAAAGCAGAUUCAUGGUGAGUCCUUACAAAUAGAAUCAUUUUGUUACCAGUUAAAAAAAUAGAAACCUUUACAGAUCCUGUAUACAUAGAACAAGAACGCUGUUUUAUUAUGAGUCUAAUAAUUGUUCUCCUCAUUUUUCUGAUGUGAAUUUGAGUCUGUAAGUAUUUAUAAUGAAUUGUGGAAGUUAAACAUUAAAAAUCUUAUUAUUGAUUGUUCUCCUUUAUUACCACAAGAGGGCAGUGCUGCCCUUCUCAGAAUUCUGAAAAACAAACAGGAAAACAGUUACUGCGUAAUCUGUUGGACGGUUCAUUUCCUAAAAUUUCUGCCCUGCAUAGGUGGACUUGUUAUGAUGCAGAAACCUUUUCUAAAUACUCUGUAUUCAGCAGUGUCUAUAAUUCCUUUCCCAAACAUGAAGCUACCAUUGCUUAUUUAGAGCUACCUGAACUAUGUGUUACAAUUAGACUUUCAAACUAGUGCUCGAGCUACUGCCUUGACAGAGGAGGGAAGUUUGUUGGAACAUGAUAAAACAUUAAGGAUCCAGCUCUUCUUUUUUCCCAGAGAGCAUUAUGCACGGACUCAGUACUGCACUGGCCCCAUUUCUGACCUACUUUAGACUGUAGAGGUUCUUUUUCCCCCCCCCUUGAACUGUGUAUUUCAUCUUUUACCUCUCUCAGUAGUGUCUGAUGCUGUCCUAGGAGCACAGUCCUGACACAAUGAGUUUCCUGGCUUAGCCUUCAGAAUGGAGUUGAGAAGGAAGACUUUUCAUUAUUAAUAAAGUGAUGUUUAGGCUGAAAAAAA